AUGAGCGCGACGAUAGAUUCACAACCAGCUGUCGAUCAGUUGAUCGAGCAUGACGGAAAGUCAUACAGCACCAUCAAAGAGGGUCUGGCAUACAUUCUGGUCCCGCCGAACGCACGUACCGAACAAGACCCCAAGUCAAAGAAGAACCAUAAGGACGACGAUAGCGAACAACAAGCACAAAGUGUCUUCUACAACCCCAUUCAACAAUUCAACCGUGAUCUGUCUGUCCUCGCAAUCAAGGCUUUUGGUGAGCACAUGUGUGCUGUUAGAAAGCAAGCCCACGAUAAGAAGGUCGAACAGAGUGCCAAGAAGAGGGAAAGAAAGAGACAGGCCGAGGACAAUGCUGGAGAUGAUAAGAGGAGGAAGGGCAACGACGGUGCUGCAGUAGCCCAAGAAGUACAGAAGGAUGCCGACACAGAGACUACAACUACAGGAGCCCAAGAAGCAAGUGCAGAUGCUGGGAAGGUUGAGAACGGUAUGGAGACUACCGACGACAAGAUGGAUGUCGACGUGACAGAGGCUCCCAAGAAGUACAAGCCCAAGUUCCGUGUACUGGAUGCUCUCUCUGCUUCUGGCCUGCGUGCCCUGCGUUAUGCUCAAGAGAUACCCUUUGCUACCACCGUCGUCGCCAACGACAUGUCACCCGCCGCUGUCGAAGCCAUCCGUCUGAAUGUGCAACACAACAAGCUGACUGACAAGAUCACACCAUCCACUGGCAACGCCAUCGGUCAUAUGUAUCAUGCUGCCUACUACACACCGACUCCAGAAGACGGCCCUUCUGCACACACUCAACACAAAUAUGAUGUUAUUGAUCUGGACCCCUACGGUACCGCUGCGCCUUUCCUUGAUGCUGCCGUUCAAGCGCUGAACGACGGUGGUCUGCUUUGCGUUACAUGUACCGAUGCUGGUGUCUUCGCUUCCUGUGGUUACGUCGAAAAGACCUACUCACUGUAUGGUGGUCUGCCUCUCAAGGGUCCCCACUCGCACGAAGCCGGUCUUCGUCUGAUUCUCAACUCGAUUGCAAAGGCUGCCGCUGUGCAAGGUAUUGCCAUCGAACCUCUGUUGUCUCUCAGCAUCGACUUUUACGCCAGAGUUUGGGUGCGCGUCAGGAAGUCACCCGCAGACGUCAAGUUCUUGGCUGGAAAGACUAUGCUUGUACACCAAUGCGAUACUGGCUGUGGUAGUUUCCAGAUCCAGCCUCUCGCGAAACACACUCCUCAAAAGAACUUCAUCAACUACAAGCACACGGCAUCUCUCUCUACAGGUGAGAGCAGAUGUCCUCAAUGUGGCUUCAAGACUCAUGUUGCCGGUCCUAUGUGGGGCGGCCCUCUGCACAACCCUUAUUUCAUCCGUCGUAUCCUGGACAUGCUUCCUGACUUGGACAAGUCGACUUACGGAACUACCACUCGUAUUGAAGGUAUGCUUACCUCUGCUCUGGACGAGCUCGACACCUUGGAGAACAGCCUCCAAACUUUCAAGGGCGAGACCGAGGCUCCGUUCAUUCCUUCCAUCCCAGGACAUGUCACCGACCCUCACCCUUUCUUCUUUAUUCCCAGUUAUCUGUGCAAGGUUCUGCAUUGUCAAUCUCCUUCAGAAGCUGCCAUCAAGGGUGCGCUUCGUCAUGCUGGAUUUAUCGCCACGCGCUCACAUACCAAGCCUGGUACCAUUAAGACAAACGCCAGCUAUGAUGCGGUCUGGGAGAUUAUGAGGGAGUGGAGUCGUCAAAAGGCUCCUGUGAAGGAAGGCAAGGUUGGUGAGACUCAAGCUGGUUACAAGAUCCUGCAGAAGAUGAGAAAGGUGGAUCCGGCUGAGGAGAAGAAUGAUGGCGAAGAGAGUGGAGAGAAAGAUGAGGAAGAACCUGCAACGCAACCUCCCGCCGAUAUCUUCAAAUUCAAGAUCAAGUUCGAUGAAAGGCUGGGCAAGGACUAUCACAGCAAGAAGCUCAUGCGUUACCAAACCAACCCACGAGCAAACUGGGGUCCUAUGAGCCGCGCUAAAGGUGCAAGCUAG